CAAGCAGGCUACAACCAGUCUUCCUCCGGUUCCCUUCCGGGCCCCGCCGUUUCCUAGAGGAAGGUCCGUUGGCCAGAUUGAGCAGCACGCCACAACAGCUAACCACGCCACAAGAAAACUACCAGACUAAGAAAAAGAUAUCGCCCCCAAAUAAAGGCACAGAACCAAAAAAGAAAUCAGCGUGGCAGUACAAGAAUAACGUACGACAAUUGAGACUACUGAACGACGUCGACCGAGCGGCGAUAACACUCAUGCUCGUUGUCAUACGUGGAGUGACGCCGCUGUUCAGACGUCCUCUUUGUCGGCGCCUUUUCUGUCUUCCUUCACUCUUCUUCCCCAAAAGUCUGUUCUCCUUGAAUGAAAAGACCCGAGUCACCCUCUGCAAAAUGAAAAUGGAGUACCCAAAAGUGCGUCGCGAUGAAUCAUCGGUGGAGGAGCUCCAUGGUGUGAAGGUACCAGACCCUUACCGUUGGCUUGAGGACCCUGAUUCAGAGGAGACCAAAGAAUUUGUUGAAGCCCAGAAUGCAAUAACCAUGCCGUACAUUGAGAAAUGCAGUGCACGUGAAAGCAUCAAGGCACAGCUGACUGAGUUGUGGAACUACCCUAAGUAUUCAUGCCCCUUCCGAAGAGGGAAUAGGUACUUCUUCUUCAUGAACACAGGAUUGCAAAAUCAGAGUGUCAUGUACGUUCAGGAUUCUCUGGAUGGGGAACCUCAUGUCUUUUUAGACCCAAACACGCUAUCAGAAGAUGGAACGGUUGCCAUCUCUGGUUCAUCUUUCAGCGAGGAUGGAGAGAUUUAUGCGUAUGGCCUAAGUAGCAGUGGGUCUGAUUGGAUUACAAUUCAUUUUAAAAAGGUAGCAAGUGGCGAAGAUUACCCAGAGGUACUGGAGAAGGUUAAGUUCUCCAGCAUAGCCUGGACACAUGACCACAAAGGCAUAUUUUAUGGGAGAUAUGUAGAACAUGCAGGAGUUGCGGAUGGAACAGAGGUUGUAAGUGAUGAAAACCAAAAGCUGUAUUAUCAUCGAGUGGGCACACCACAGAGUGAAGAUAUCCUGGUUGUGGAAUUCCCUGAUCACCCAAAGUGGCGAAUAGGCGCUGAGGUGUCUGACUGUGGUCAGUACCUCAUCAUCACCACACAGCAAGAUUGUCGUGACAAUCUCCUGUAUUAUGCACCUUUGCCUGAGCACGUCAACAGCAAAAUAGAUCUCACCUGUAUUAUAGACACCUUUGAGGCUGACUAUGAGUACAUUACAAACGAUGGAUCAGUCUGUGUGUUCAGAACCAACAAGGGGGCACCCAACUACCGCCUCGUGAAGAUUGAUCUGAGUGACCCUGCACCAGAGAAGUGGGUCACCCUUGUGCCUGAACACAAGAAGGAUGUCCUGGACUGGGCUGCAUGUGUCCACAAUGAUAAACUAGUUAUAUGCUACAUUUCUGAUGUUAAGAGUGUUCUGCAGUUACACAGUUUAGCAAAUGGUGACCACCUUACAACUUUACCACUUGAGAUUGGCACUGUCAGUGGAUACUCUGGGAAACGCACUCAUUCAGAAAUGUUCUACCAGUUCACAUCCUUCCUCUCCCCUGGUAUCAUCUAUCACCUUGAUCUAACUCAGGAACCACUGACUCCAAAGGUUUUCAGAGAAAUCAAGAUUGAAGGUUUCAAUCCUGCUCAAUUUGAAAUGAAACAGGUGUUCUACCCAAGCAAGGAUGGUACCAAAGUCCCCAUGUUCAUAGUCCAUGGUAAAGACAUGAAGAUGGAUGGUUCUGCACCAACUCUACUCUAUGGAUAUGGAGGGUUCAAUAUCAGCAUCCAGCCAUACUUCAGUGUCUCUAGAGUCAUCUUCAUGCAGCUCUCCAAUGGUAUCUUGGCUAUACCCAACAUUAGAGGUGGUGGGGAAUAUGGAGAAGCCUGGCAUAAUGCUGGAAGGUUGUUCAACAAGCAGAAUGUGUUUGAUGACUUCCAAGCAGCUGCUGAGUACAUGAUCAGCGAGGGAUACACAUCGAACCGUCGCAUCAUCAUACAGGGUGGAUCUAACGGGGGCUUGCUUGUGGGGGCUUGCAUAAACCAGAGACCAGACCUAUUUGGGGCUGCCAUUGCUCAGGUUGGGGUGAUGGAUAUGCUUCGUUUCCACAAGUUCACCAUUGGAUAUGCCUGGUGCUCAGACUUUGGAAAUCCUGAUGAGAAAGAGCACUUUGAGAACAUCAUCAAGUACUCUCCACUUCACAAUGUUCGAACCCCACCAGAGGGUGUGCAGUAUCCUGCGACACUUUUGCUCACAGCAGAUCAUGAUGACAGAGUAGUUCCCCUACAUUCUUUUAAGCUAAUUGCUGAGAUGCAGCACAAGCUUGCCCAGAUCCCAGCUCAAACCAAUCCUUUACAUAUCCGUAUUGAGACAAAGGCAGGCCAUGGCAGAGGAAAACCAACAGCGAAAAUUAUUGAGGAGCAUACAGACAUCUACUGUUUCAUAAUGCAGUCCCUUGGUCUGGAAGUUGCAUCGACUCCAUCUGCAAGCCUUUGAGGUUUCAGUCAGUGCUCUACCAUAUCAAGAAGAGAAAAACAAAAGGAGAAAAAUUGUGUGCUUUGUACAGAUAAUGAGACCAGAAAUUGUGUUAGUAAUAUUACCAAAGACUGUUUUAGGUUCCAGUAGAUAGUCUUUAAUUAUCUCUUCAAGCAUUUAUUGAUGUUAUAUUUUGGUAUAUGACAAUUUAGUCAGAAAUGGAUAAAAGUGAAAACUUAACACCUUGAUAAACAGAUAGAACUUUCAUGAACAAUUUUGUAUGAAUACAAUUCACAAAAGACAAUAAAGAAGAAAUCCAUAA